UGUCUACGAGAACCGUUUGAUAAUCCCCGUGAGUGGCCGCUAGGCGUGAGCGACGUGAGAGUCGUGAUAGACGCGAGAGAAAUACGCACGGAGCGUGAGAGCGCGAAAUCUGACAGCGUGAGACCGUACCGUUGACGGUUGGGUAGUUUGUUGACGGUUCGCGCCGUACGGGUGGUGGGAAGGACACCCGUUUUGCGUCGUGUUGUUGUUGUUGCUGUUGCUGUUGGAGCAGCACGCCCCAUUCGCUAGAAAAGGAGAACCCAGCGCACGCCAACCAAACGCCAACAUGUCGCUCAGUCUUAUGCUAACGCUCUGUCAGCGGAGUGCCACCGCGAGCUCACGGGGCCUCCUAUUCCGGCCGGGCAGUGUCAGGAACGUCAGACCAGCGGCCACAGCAGCACAGCAACACCAGCAACCGCAUCAUCCAGCAGUGUCGCCGAUCAACCCGCAGCAGUCCCGCACGAUUCGAACGAUGGCGUGCGUUCAGCAGCAGCACCGGUGCGUCUCGAUUGACAACAUCAACCCGGCAAUCAAAACGAUGGAGUAUGCCGUCCGUGGACCGCUCGUCAUCCGUGCCGGUGUCAUCGAGAAGGAGCUGGAGCAGGGAGCGGAUAAACCGUUCAAGGAGGUGAUCCGCGCCAACAUUGGGGACUGUCACGCGAUGGGCCAACCGCCGAUUACCUUCAUUCGACAGGUACUCGGUCUUGUGUCCUAUCCGCCGCUUUUCAAAGAUCCAAGCAUCCCAGAGGAUGUGAAGCAGCGAGCCCGUGACAUCCUGGAUGGCUGCAAGGGUGGCUCGGUCGGUUCGUACUCCGAUUCCGCCGGUAUUGAGGUGAUCCGGCGACACGCGGCAGAAUACAUCGAGCGCCGUGAUGGUGGCAUCCCUGCUGACUGGCAGAACAUCAUCCUAUCUGCGGGAGCGUCCGGUGGUAUCAAGGUUUUGAUGGCACUGCUUCGCUGUCCGAUCGACGGCAAGAAGCCAGGUGUGAUGAUCCCGAUCCCGCAGUACCCACUGUACUCGGCCACGAUCGCUGAGUUCGAUAUGGAGCAGAUUGGCUACUAUCUGGAUGAAGCGAACAAGUGGGGUCUGGACAUCAAAGAGCUCGAACGGUCACUGGCUGAAGCCCGCAAGGUGUCGGCUCCUCGCAUCUUGGUAGUCAUCAACCCUGGCAACCCGACCGGCCAGGUGCUGUCCCGCGAGAACAUCGUGGACAUUAUCAAGUUUGCGCAACGCGAACGGCUGGUCCUGUUCGCUGACGAGGUGUAUCAGGACAACGUGUACGAGGCGGGCUCAAAGUUCCACUCGUUCAAGAAGGUGAUGAUGGAGAUGGGCGAACCGUAUAACAAGAUGGAGCUGUGCAGCUUCAUGUCCUGCUCGAAGGGAUACAUGGGCGAAUGUGGCAUCCGUGGUGGAUACGCCGAGAUCGUCAACCUUUGCCCCGAGGUGCGCCUGAUGCUACUGAAGUGCAUUUCAGCUCAACUAUGCCCGACAACGGCUGGCCAGGCCGUGCUCGAUUGCGUCGUUAACCCACCGCGCAAGGGCGAACCGUCGUAUGAGCUGUUCGCAAAGGAGAAACAGGAUGUGUUGGAUUCGCUGCGUGAACGAGCUGAGCUGGUCGCACGCACGUUCAACUCGAUCGAGGGUUUCUCGUGUAACCCGGUACAGGGUGCUAUGUACGCUUUCCCACAAAUUCGGCUGCCCGCGAAGGCGCUCGAGGCGGCCAAGAAGGAGGGCAAACCGGCCGACACAUUCUACGCAUUCCAGCUGCUCGAAGAAACCGGUAUCUGCAUUGUGCCCGGUUCCGGCUUCGGACAACGCCCUGGCACGUAUCACUUCCGCACCACGAUCCUGCCCCAGCCGGAGAAGCUGAAGGAGAUGCUCGGUCUGUUCAAGUCCUUCCACGAGAAGUUCUUGCUGAAGUACAAGUAAAAAGCGACCGCGUGAUGGCAGCAACAGAUCUGGAGUGGAUGCAGCAGAGGAGCUAAGGAGUCAUGGAGCAGCGGCAUACAUUUAGAUCGCAAAACCCCCCGUUGUUAGACUAGCACAUACGCCUCGCGUACCAGACGAACGAAGAGGAGACCGUAUCACAUAUCGCGCUGGUUGAUGUUCAUGAUGAAUGGCAAGAACGGUUGCAGGAGAGAUAUCCUCAUCGAAUGGCGAGCCAGAUUUCUUUGUUUUCUUUUCGUUUCGUGUAUUCAUAGCAAAAACUCUACUAUUUCAAAGCAAUCAAAUUGCAGUAUAUCUCGGCAUGAGUGUGAAAGCCUUUGGCAAAAUGAAAUUAGCAGGCAGGCAGGCGUGUCUGGCGCUCUGUUGGAUGGAAGUAGGUAGAUAGGUGAGAACGAGAGAAAGGCACACAAAAUAAGCUACGGCAUGUUCUUCGCAAUUGCUAUUAAUGUUUACUCGUUGUUGUUAAUCAGGAUCGUAUCCGAAUGGGACGCUGCUGUUGCUGCUUUUCGAGAGGAACGUCCCUUUUCCGCGGCUUCAAGUCCGGCUGUUGGUUUAGCGUGUGCGUGUUUAUGAUAAUUAUUUAUAAAUUACAGUAAGCAUUGCACCACCUUUCGUUUUGCGCACUGAUGUGGUUUGAUUUCAGCUCGUAAUAGUUGAUAUACUGGGAAUCCAACGUCACAGAGAAAGCACAGCUUCUCCUCAAAAAAAAAAAUGCUAAGCAUAGAUAACUUUAGUUCGCUUUUAAAUACAUCACUCGACUUUUUGCAAACGGUACACUUUUGAGGAAGUAGCCUCCAAAUAGGUAUUUUAAAACAGCAUUGUUAGUUUAGUUGAGUUUAUUCUCCUCUAGCCACGGGCGACGCCGUUGCCAAACUAAAUGGGGCAAAUAUUAAACAAAACAAAAACGCACGUAUUGUGAUGAUUAUUGGUAAUCGGAAAGGCAGCAAAGCGGAAAUCCCUUAUUCGGAAAAGCAUAUAAAAAACGGAAUCCUUAUAUAAAUAAUUAAACCGUGAAAAAUCGGCAUUAGCUUAUACAUUGACGGCAAUUAAUCGGUAAAAAGUAAAAAAAUUGCAUCCCAUCGGACGGUGGUCAAUCGCUUGCCUCUUCCUUUCGGCUAAGAUUCGAAUUCGUAUUUGCUGCGAGUGAUUGAGAGAGAAAAGGACAAGAAAGGCGAAUGUAGUGUUUUUGUUCGUUGAUAUUGUUGUCCGGUUUGUGCUAUGUGUGGUAAGAUGGUUCAGAAAAAGGAUGUUUAGGAGAGAGGCGAGUACUAGCGAAGCAUGAAACCCCCCUCGAUGGUAUCCCCAGGCGUUGUGGUAGAACACAUAAAUUAGCUUGUUGAAGAUGACGGAAACAGGAGAACCACGACAACCAAAUUGGCAGCCAAUAAUUCUGAGACAAUAAUUUUUCCCUCGAAGCGACGCAGGAGCAAAACGAGAACGCAUAUUUUAUCGAAAUAUAGUCUAAUGUUCGGUAGUGGCAGGUCGAAGAAGGCGAAAAGAGAUCGAAGGAGACCUUCUGGUUUCUUUCGUAAAGAGGAAAGCAGUUUUUUUUGCACUCAAGCCCUACGUAGAAGUUCCGAUAAUCACGCGAAUCGUGCACCAUGUCAUUCCUUAUCGCGUUUUUGAUUCUCUCGCUCGACAUUAGCGUUCAGUUUGAUAAAAAUUCACGUCUUAUCAUGAAAAACGAAACAUCCUUGCGGACUCGCACGAGCUCAGCGAAUUACUGCCGGUUUAUAGUAACGAUAUCGGCUCGCGUAAAUCGAUAAGCCACUCUGAAGUUCCAUAAGAACAAAACAUCCUUCGCUCAUCAGAAUCAGAACAUAGUCUUCGUACGCAAUUACAUUGCUCAUGGCGCGUGUAUAUUCACAUCACAAAACGACGCAGCAAAAAGGUGUGCCAAAAGAGGAUCUCUCCAGGAAUCUCUUCCCACCUUCUGGAGGGAAAUAAUCGCUCAUGUGGGGAUGCUAUUCCUCUUGCAAAAACACGUUCCAGCAGGUGGGUGAGAACCAUCGCACAUCACAUCAUGGAAAUGUUACAACCGAUCGGUUUGAUUUAGGCCCUCGAUCGAUAUUAACGUCUACCGUUUAUGCAGCAAUACAUUGCCGAAUACAACAAUAUAAAGAACCGCACCUCA